CGAACAAUAAUAAUAAUAACAACAACAACGAGGGACUUCAGGGCGAUCACCGGGCACUAAGUGGGCCCUGCACGCAGAGUUUUUUUUCUUUUUGCCUUUUUUUCCGCUCUUGUUUUUUUCUGCAUCCGUUGGGAACCAUCUCUUGGCUCAGGCUGGGCCGAUCCCGAACUCAAACCAACCCAGCCCAUGCAAGCGGUCGGUUCGCACAAGGGCAAGGGGAAGAAAGUAAAUUGCAAGUACGAAGUAGGUAGGUAAUAUGUAACAUGCAAGCCAACGAAACCAUCAGGGAUCCUACAGGGUCAUAUAAUUUCGAGUCGACCAAAAGCUCACCGAUAAGGAUACCUACCCAAUUCGUGCAGCUGUGUUGUAUACUGUGCAGCUCACAGUAUCUAGCCUAUGCCGACAAAAAUCGGCCAUCCCGACCGGUCCCGGCUUUCGCUCGGUGUGCCGACCAGCAGAAAAAACAGAACCCAUCCAUCCCGUUUGAAGCUCACCGGCCUGGAUCUGCAUGGUUAGUGUGGUCUGAUUGUCUCCACCGCGGACGGAAUCCUCCAACCAGUGCACGUUGCGAGAUCGCCAGCUUCCCAUGGCACCCGUCGCCCGCGCACAACCCUCUUGUCUGCGCUGACUCGGGUGGACGGGCUGCGUGGCCGUACUGUGUCCUCGGGACGUCUCGUUUGGUUUUUUGUCGGAACUUGGCCGACUGGGACCUGCAAGAGUUGACUUUUUCGGCUCCCGGUGAGGUUUCAGUGGCAGGUUUCGGCAUGCCGGGGCUUCGUCUAUCAGUGUGGUUGGAUUGGUUGGCUUCCCCGAGUGAAAGAUGAGGGACUUUGCACUGUGAACACUGAACAGAUUGUAGAAGGCCUGCCUGUACAUACAGAUCUGUACAGGAUGGUUCUCUACACGGUAUCAUUCCCAUCCAUCACGAAAG